AUCUGUGUUUCUUUUCCAAAACCCUAGAGAUCUUCCAUCUCCAUCUCCAUUCCAAGCAAGUGAUCAUCUCUUUAAUUGCCGUUCCUAAUGAGAUAUCGAUAAGAUUCAAACACUAGCUUUCAUUUGAUUUUAAUAGUUAUCAUCAUAGUUAUGUCUAUUUCUUAGAAACAUACUUCUCGAAAAUACUCAUUUGAUUUGUAUUUUUGUUCAUUCCUUUCUUCUCAAUGCUUUUUAGGUUAAGGAUCAGGCUUUUUCUUUUCUGUUGACGUUCUCUUCUUUCCGAUUUACACAUGUCUCGGAUUAAGGAGUAUCUCCCCAUUGUUGGACUUGCAGAUUUUAAGAAGGAUGAUCAAGAAAAGAAACCUAAAAGCAUAGUUGAUGUUGGCUAUGGCAUAGGAGGUAGCUCAAAGUACCUAGCAAGAAUGUAUGGAGCUGAAUGUCACGGAGUCACCCUCAGCCCUAUGCAAGCUAAGAGGGUUUAUGACCUUGCUGCUGCUCAAGGGUUGACCGAUAAGGACAUAAAAUCCGCAGACUCGUCUGGCAUUGUGGCCCCAUUUUUGCUUGCGGUAAUAAAAAUAGCAUCCUCACAUAGGUUUGGGCAGGAAAAUAUUCAGGUGAGGUGAUGGAGACUGGUGCACACUGCUGGACUCCUUUUGGUUACAAAUGUCCGACUCGUGCUUAUUACCAUUCAUCGUUGAACCUCCGUUGGAGCUAUAGAUACCUCAAGUUUCUCGAAAGACUUGAAAGUAAUCUUAAGUUUAAGUUUGUUAUCUCUAGAGCAACUCAUUCUUCUUAGGCAUCGGUUCCUGUUGUCGCUACCUGUGGCAAAUCGAUUGUUGAAGACAGGACAUAUAGCUACUUGCUGGAUCCCUUGUAUAUAUGUUGGUGUGGAAUAAAAGUUUGCCUUUCAAAAAAAGUGUAUUGAAGACAUAACUGUCAUAACAUAAUCUUUUAUUGACUUUUCGUUUUACUAUAAAUGCUUUGACGAUGA